AUGUCGCUGGAAGUUUGGCCACAUCUCCCCUUUGCGGAACUACAAAAGGAGCUUCAGGCGACCGAGAAGCGAGAGUUGGACUGGCAGCUCGACGAACUGAGGGAAACUCUCACGAACCUGAAGCAGAGCCUUGAAGACUGCUACAAGCUGCUCGGCCCCGAUGGUAACGGAAACACGCUUGUCGUGAGCACGCCUCGAAACGAGGCUGUCAAGGGCCACAUCACACGGCUCGGCACCCAGAUUGUUAGAGGGAGCAUGCACAUCCGCCUCCGGACGCUUCCCCACCAGACCCUGACCAUUGAUCCUCGGCAACCCAUCACCAUCGGCCCUCUCGCUGCUCUGCACACGCUUCUCACCCGCUCCAUUGACCUCCUGGCCCUGACCCUGGCGUACUCCUAUCCGCCGCCACGGUCGCCGCCUGGAGAGCCAGGAACAUUACCACUGCAUGGAAGAAACGAUACCUUUAUUUCCACACAGCUCCGGGUGCUCGCACAGGCUCUCACCGAUGCUCUGGCUCUCCUCAAGGGCCCAGCCCCCACGCCAGGCGAUCCCGCAUGGUCUACGCGGUCGGUGUCGUUGUCCCACUUCUCGCCGGCGCUGCCGUCUGCCGUCAGCUUCUACAUCGGCCUUCAGGACAGCCAGCUGGUCCUCUGGCUGCGUGCCGUCGAGCCCGUCGGCGUCCCUCUCAAUUUCGGGAUGAAGUUUGCCCUGGCUCUUGGAACUGCUCGCCGUAUCGAGCAUGACGAGGCCGACAAGGUGUUCACGUACAGCUGUGAGGAUGGCACGGCCAAGGGCCUGCACUCACCACAGCCGGCUGGAAGUGCCACGUCCGACGUGGAUGAGCCAAGACCCGAGGGGCCGGCUGAGGUCUAUGUCCGGGAAAAGGUUCGAAUAGAAAGUGCAGACCCUAGCUUGAUGAGCUUGAGCGCCAAGCUCGGUGCUUUGAAUCAUGCCCUACUUCUGGUACGCCGAAAUCUUGCGGCCGUCAUGGGCGAGGAGCUGGAGGAUUGA